UCCGAGCCCGGAUCGUUGCAGCUCCAGACAGGGCGGCCCGUUACCGAGCACCGCGCCGCGCAGGCUCUGACAACGACGACGGCACCGGCGCAUUGACACGAGCACCGCUGCCUGCGUGACAACAACACGGACACGGCUCCUGAAUACGGUUUGGGAUGGCGGUGAAUGUGUACGCCACGUCUGUGUCCAUCGACAACCUCAGUCGCCAUGACAUGCUGGCGUGGGUCAACGACUCUUUGCACCUCACCUACACUAAGAUUGAACAGCUCUGUUCAGGAGCGGCGUAUUGCCAGUUCAUGGACAUGUUGUUUCCAGGCUGUAUCCUUCUGAAGAAGGUCAAAUUUCAAGCCAAGCUGGAGCACGAAUCGAUACACAACUUCAAAGUUCUUCAGGCCGCUUUCAAAAGGAUGAGUGUUGACAAAAUAAUUCCUGUAGAAAAGCUGGUAAAAGGGAAGUUCCAGGACAACUUUGAAUUCGUUCAGUGGUUCAAGAAGUUCUUCGACGCCAACUACGACGGCAAGGAGUAUGACCCUCUACUAUCCAGACAGGGGCAGGACGUGGCCCCCGCCCCCAACCCAGGACCACAGAGGACAUCGCCAACAGUCCCCAAAAACAUGCCGACACCACAGCGGGUCCAACACAACACUCCAGCCAUGAGGAAGAAUCCGUCUUUGUCUAGAAACGGGGGCAGCGAUGCUGAGAUCAUGGAGCUAAAUCAACAGCUGAUGGAGUUGAAGUUGACUGUGGACGGGCUAGAGAAGGAGAGAGACUUCUACUUCAGCAAACUACGCGACAUCGAGCUGAUCUGCCAGGAACACGAGAGCGAAAACAACUCUGUCCUCAGCAGUAUAAUCAACAUCCUCUACGCAACAGAGGAUGGCUUUGCACCUCCGGAGGAUGAGGACCUUGAAGAACAAGCUCACCUGGACCAGGACGAAUACUGAGCCCUUCACCCUCCCCCCCCGCCCCCCCCUGCUACGACGCCAUCAUCUUCCUGCUUUCUUCUUUUUUACCUUCUCUUGUUUUUUACUCUCUCUGCACGCGCUCUAUAAAUACUCACCAUUAUCCCUCCUCCCCCUCAGUCUUUUCUUUCUCAUAUGUAUCUGUUCCCAACCUUUCCCCAUCUGCCCUCUGGCUGUCUACAACACACUACACAACUACUCAGCAUCCUCCUCCGUGUGAGAGGAACAGUAACGUACGACAUAUCCCGGUGAUUUCACCAUGAGCGAGGGAGAAGAAGAAGAAAUUGUGCCGUGCCUGGCGUGUGGGUUGUUGUGUGGCAAACAGUGGGGCUCAAGUCUGUAAAUAUUGUCGACGUUGCGGUUUCUGAGAGAACGAUGUCUUUGCUCUUUAUGGAGUUAUUUAUUUGAUUAACGCGCUGCGACACUUCUAGUAGAGCUACUAACUCUAACAAAGGUGACUUUUUAAAAGACACUUCUUAUUUAUUUAACUUAUAUUUAAUUAAGAUGAACUUUCUGUAGCAAAAUUGGUGCAAAACCUGCUGUACAUGAUUUGAAAACUGAGGCCAUGUGUGUUACUUUAGUUCUGCAUAGUGCUUGAGUCAGCAUCAAGCUUUUCUGUUACGUUGGGCUCAUAGCAUGUAGAAAUGCUGAAUGAAAUUCUCUGGUGUAUUGACACAAGGUGUAUGAUCAGUGCUCUGUGACUCUUCAUUAGUGAUCAGCAACAUUUCUGAGCAUGAGAAUGUUACACAUUGACUGUGAAUGAGUGAUAUUUUGUAUAUGUACGUUGUGUUGAGAUGUUGUCUAAUCCUGGUUCAUCGCCAAUGUAUCUUUUAGGCCGACAUGCAGAAGUUUGAAAUUUAGAGGUGGAAAGCCACCUGCAGACUGACGACAUGGUUAUAGAUCGUAGCAGUUAUAACGUUUUAUUCUAAAAUAUGGAGGGAGCCUGACACUGAAUUAAUACAGAUUCAUCACUCACCCAACAGGAGCUGUCAUGUUUUGCCCUGCUAACACGUCAUGUGUUUAGACUUUCGAUUUGCUGUGAACGGUUGGUAUAAGAGUUGUAAUAUGGAAGAAAGUCAGUAUUAGGAAAUCCUUGUACAUUUGACCUGACAUCACACCCAUCCAGUUUAACUAAGGAAGCCUCCUUGGUCCUUCCUAGCUGUUUUUUUACUUGCAAGCCGGAUGAAAUAUGCUCUGGAACUUGCAUUCAUCGACCAUGUUAACAUCUACUGAACACUCAUGUUUUGAGUUUUGAAUAAAUAAACAGUUGUGAAAUAAA